AUUUUGGUGCCGUGACCAGGAUUAUCAUCGAACCGAAUAGUCGGUUACAGUUUUCGGAAGUCUAUCGGUCGCGACGAUCGAAAUGUGAAAUUUUCUUACGAUUCUCUUACGGUUCUUCAUACCGUACAUAUACAACAACAACCAAGUGUAAUGACUACGAAGAAACUGAAAUUCAUGUCUACCAUGUGAGAAAGUGCAAUUAACAACUCGAAACCGCCAUUGUUCAAGUUUAAGAACGAUCUUCAUAGUCGUUCACAUUCAGUUCGCACAGAAAAUAAAAGUGUUUGUGACAGCCCGCUGCUGUCUGUGUUUCAAUUAUGCAUUCUCUAUCGUGCGGCGAAAAUCCAUACGUAUCGAUAGAAACGGUCAGUUGGAAGUACUCAAUUCAGUGUAAACCUUUCCCACGGUGCGAAAUACCGAUCAGAAAAUGUGUUCUGACAUGUGAUUGCUUAGUUGUGCAAUGGCGACGCCGCCAUUGUAACAUGAACUUUAUCAGCGGAGAAGAAAAUUACAUGUGCUAAAUAAAUGAAAUUGCCGCUAUCUCCAUUAAACAACGCUAAUCUAUCCACGAACCCAUUCGAAAUCAAAUGCGCACACCUUCACUCACCCAUCAUAGAGAUACGCGCAGAUUCCAUCUCCGCCCAGCGGCGAGAUGUCAGAAUGGCAAAGGUGACAGGUUGAACGUCAAUUGGUUUUGCAUACUCACUUCGCUUAGACAACGUGUUUUACAUUCGGACAAAGGGACCAGUUUUUUUUUUUGUUAAAAGGAAAACCAAUGUCGAUCGAAACUAUAUCCACGACCCAUCGUUACAUUGAGGGCAUCGUGCAAUAUUGUCUGUCUUUAGGCAGUUCGGGAGAACUGAACGAAGCAGACAGGAAAUUUAUUCGGACCACGUUUGAACAUCUACGGGAGAAGUACGAAGAAUAUGAAAAAUCCCUUAUCAAAGAAAAGGUAAGCAGAUGUGACCGUGAGCAGCUGCUGGAUCCUAUUGAAGAGGCUAGGUUGAGAUUGUUACUUCAUAUGCGACGUAAGGGAACAGCAGCUCAAGCAAUAGGAUCACCCCAGUUGGAGCAGCGCAACGAACCGAGCAGCCCAGAUCAGCACAAGAAACAGCCCGUGACGUCGCCUCCAUUAUGCUAUAUGUGUAAAGACAGACACUUCCUUUACCACUGCGGCAUUUUCACCAGUUGGACUUCCACCAGGCGGCUGGAAUUUGUCGAAAGGAUUAAGAAUCGAGAUCAUGCUGGAAUCCAUUAACCGCAUGGCCGUAGAAGGUUUCAGUCCUCGUACAUGGUUCCCGCAAGGUUCAUCGUGCUAAAGGCAAGUUAAACAAUCAUCGCAUUCAGCCACCGGGCAGAAAUCCAAUCCUGUUCGGGACAAAUCGCCAGACGAGUUCCUGGCCCAAGCUCGGGGGAAUCGAGCGGUUCCAGAAUCAGCUGUAAAGAGCACAAGCCUCGUCGGUGGGUUCGUAGAACCCCCGGCUGGGACUUGACAUCAGUUAAGUACCAUUUUAUUUCAUCAUCCACUCUUGUAUUCGUACGGACUUUCGACCUUUCAGACUGUUCAUUUAUAUGAAACGACAAUGUGAAUUCAACGUACACAAACUGCAUCGAACCCAAGAGAUGUGGAUGAGGACAGCAACAUUCAAACAACUGCCAUCUAACAACGAGUGAUUGCCUUUGUGAUUUGGUAGCAGAUCGAAUCAGUAGGCAGUGCGAUCAUUUGUCAGUCAGCUUGCACAUAGUGCAACCAGCGAGUUCUUCAUCUGCAGCAUGACAUACACAGCUUACAAUCAAUCUUCCAUACAUUGUCAUCUUGUGCAUCGAAUAUUUGGCCAAUCAACGGUGCUUUGGCAGUGAGCAAUCGUCGCAGCUCCACUAGUGGUGGAACCAGCGGAGUCGCUCGGGUCUUGUCUUAUCGACGCCGGCUGCAUAGCAGUUGACGGAGUCGAAUUCAAGUCUCCCGUCCUCGACGCCCAUGGUUCGCCAAAGGAUCAUCGAGUACCAGCAAGCAGCAUACUAAAAUUAUUGUGAAUAGCAAAUACAGAGAAUUUGUGAUAAAUAGGCUAGUCAGGGAAAUAGAACUCGUACAGUAAUUUUGGAUAUGUAAUAACAGUAGGCAGUUCAGAAAUCGCAUACAGUAUUACACAGCAGUAAUGAGUCUCAAUUGUAUCAUGCUAAGAUAGGUCAGGUCAUUGACAUCAGAUAAAGUUUGUUGAAAGCGUAGUCUUUCAAGGCGGGCGGUAUGUUGAUGCACAAUUGCAUGUCAGAAGACAAGUUAAGUGAGCUUCACUGUACAUGAAGUAGAAAUCGAUCAACUUUAUUAUUCGAUCAGUUUUAUUAGUAGUUGAGAGAGUUUGCGAUUACAUUCGUCUGCGUUAUAGGCUUUCCGGCAUAUUCCACGUAAUAUGCUUUCCGGUAGAGACAAACUUUGUUCAUAUAAUAAUGUACGCAAACUAUAUAAGGGCAGUGCAGAUCAGAUCAGGCACGAUACCUAUUACGGUAUUACGGUAUUACAGUACUACGGUACUUCGAUAGCAUAUCAAGUUUUUAUAUUCGUCGUGAUUGUCGUAGUCAUAGUAAUUGUUUGUCAUAGUCAUUUUAAUAUACUAGUCAGUUAAUCAGGAAUAAACGCGUACCAGUUUAUUACAUCACAUCCGAAGUGUUCCGCGGUGUCCCCACCCGUGCGAAAGCCGUACCAUGGCUUAAUGUAUUCGAAGUGUCCGCAGUGUCCCAAUCUGCACGAAAGCCGUCCCAGGCUUAAGUUGGAAGCCGUCCCAGACUUCAUAUUUCCGUACAAUUUAAACACAACAACCCGUUAGUUGCAUUGCUGUUCGCUAUCGGUUUACUGCAGUGCGAAUGCAAGUAAGAUCGACCGACAAAAUACUGCCGUCGCUUCGCGGAAAUAUCCUGGUGAGGAUUUAAUUAAACACAACGUAGGGUCCCGGCUAGCGCCAACAGGACUAUUUAAAAUUUUCUGUGUACUGUGAUUGAAUUUAAGCCCACUGCAAUCAGUCUGCUUACGAGAAGUGAGCUUGUGAUGUUAACAGAUCAGUUCUAGUGAGUCUAACCCGAAAAUGUUGA